AUGUCAAAGCCAUCAGGACGUGGUAAAGAGUAUCUUGACUGGGAGAGAAAGUUGAUCAGAGACUUGAGACAUUCUGGAUACACGUGGGAAUUAGUGACCAAGAGCUACAAUGAAACAGUGGCUCCGGAUCGUCAGCGAGACGAAACAGCUCUUAGAACUCAGUACAAACUCAUUCAGAAGAACAAGACCUCUCUGAUUCUCGGCUUAGCUUCUCCCAACAUGCCUCUUGACAACCACCCGAUUUCCAUCAAUCUUGCCUUUAUCCAAGACGUUCUUUCCAAACAAGAAAUGGAUGCCAGUCAGAUCGCUGAUCUUGAGCAGGCAUUAAAACAGGCUGAGGCAUCCAAUCUCCAGGAGCGAUCAGCUAAUGCUCAACUGCUGGAGAGGUCUCAUCGUCUUCAGAGAGAUCUUGCUGAGGUGACAAUUGCCAAGGAAACACUGGAAAACCAACUUGCCGAAGUCAACCGAUCUUUCAAUUAUCGACAUCAUCAGUACGAAACAACCAUUUCACAGUUAAAGAGCGAAAUCAAAGCCCACCGCUCAACCAUCGACAACCUCGAGGGUGUAAUUAUAUCUCUGAAGGACGAUAUUGAAGUACAUGUUUCAACAAUUCAAUUUUUGGAAGGCAUCGCUGCCGAUAUGGAUGGAGAGGAGCCAGCUUGA